ACCCAGCGGUGCCCGCUGGUCAGGGACAGCUGAGCUUCCUCCACGCGCACAGCACCGUCACUGGGCGCUGGGCAGGAGGCCGCCCUGCCGGAGGACAGCCUGGGAGCCCUGUGCCAGCCGUGCCCAUGCCCGCCUCUGGGCUGGAAUCGCUCGUGUGGUUGCAGCCCAUCCACACGCACCCGAGUGCUCACAGGGCCUUGAUUUGUUCUGAGAGCCUCUUAAGGAAUCUGGCUCUCACCCCGCCGUUGUCCUGGUCCUGAGGUCAAGGGGGAAUCUCCCAGGCCCAGCCUCUCUCUGGACCCCGCUGCGCGUCCUGCAGCAGCAGCCAGAGGCCCCAUUAAGACAGAGCCAGGCCGGCGAGGGUCGGUGCUCAGCGCUCUCGGAGGAAAAGCCAAGAUUGGACCUUGGACCCAGCGGGCAGGCGGGGAGGCGCCGUCCACCGCGCGGUCCGUGUGCGCUGCUCGGGCUCCGCCAGUGGACACAAACAGCCACGGUGCCCACACGGAGGCCGGGCACCCAGGCUUCCCCUCGGAGCAAGUGUCCCAGCUAGGAAGCCCUCGGAGGACGUGUCCAGCUGGCGUCUGACCUCAGGGCCACCUGAGCCUUGGCAAAAACAGCGUCACGCGUGGGUUUGUGCCACUGCACUGUAACAAGACCAGGUGCGACCCCAUUCUGUCGGAGAGAGUCCCGUCCGUGUGUGCGUGUGGGUGACGCCGUACAGAAAUGCCAAAGUGUGGGUUUUAAUUUGUUUUUUGCCCUCACGCUAUGCAAGAGCUCUACCGACUCCCCCACUUCCUGCGCGCCGGCCCCGCCCUUCCUCUCCCGGCCACCUCGCCCCCGUCCUGCGUGGCGACCCGCGUGCCCUCCUUGUCACCUCUGCCUCCCUCCUGCUCGCGCGCCGUCACACCAGCACGCAGAUGUGCGCCUGGGGCGUGGGGGGCCUCGCUUCUCGGAGCGGGGCCCGCGGCGCACACGGCCCUGCGGCGGGGCU